CAGACACCACAGUAACGGCAGCAACAUGCAACAUCAACUGCAACAGCAACAGCAACAGCAACAUCAACUGCAACAACAUAAACAAGUGCGCUGCAGAAAUCUACGAAGAAACGUAGAAAUCGGUGCUAAGAAGAUUUGGCUGCCGCUUAUCAUUUUCCUUUCACUGCAGGUCGCCCUCGUCAGCGCCGACGAUGUAGAGGUGGUGAAGGCCAUUGCCGGCGGACCGGAUGACGACCUGACCAUCGCCCUUGGCGACCACGAGAACGAGCUGGACCAAAUGGCCCAGGAGUCGGAGCAGGAGCAGCAGGCUCAGGCGCAGCAGCAGCAGCAGCAGCAGCAACUUCAGCAGCAGCAACAGCAACAGCAGCAACAGCAGCAGCAGCUGCCGCAGAUCCAGAUGCAGUUGCCGCAGUCGGUGCCCAAGGUGCAGGUGCACUACCAACACAACAUGCCACAGCCGCCGCCCAAUGUGGCACUCACCAUGCGCAACAACCACCAGAACAUCCCGCUGAGCUUUGGCCAGCCCUUUGGACCUCCUCCGCCGCCGGGUGCCCAGUUCUACAAGGGACCUCCACCGCCGCAACUGCAGCAGCGACCGCAGCCACCGCCUCAGAUGCAGUUGCAUCAGCAGCAGCAUCAACAUCAGCAACAGCAACAACAGCAGCAGCAGAGUCAACAGCAGCAGCAGGUGCAGGUGCAAGUGCCCGACCUGAGCGUGGGCGGAUCCAGCAACAACGAGAUCUGGGCGGCACCCGUCCAGGACAUGCCCAAGAUCGUGUCGCUGGACGUGAAGUGCGAGAAGAACGGCAUGAAGGUGUUCGUGCAAUUCGACAAGCCCUUCAACGGCAUCGUCUUCUCCAAGGGUCACUACAGCAACAUGAACUGUGUCCACUUGCCGUCGGGAUUGGGCCGCAGCUCGGCCAGCUUCGACAUUGGACUGCACGAGUGCGGCACCGCUGGCAAUACGGACAACUAUGGCCAGGGCUAUGGCCACGAGGGUACGGGCGCGGGUGCGGGUGCAGGAGCGGGCGCAGGCACCUAUUUCGAGAACAUCAUCGUCAUCCAGUACGAUCCGCAGGUGCAGGAGGUGUGGGAUCAGGCACGCAAGCUGCGAUGCACGUGGCACGAUCAGUACGAGAAGAGCGUCACGUUCCGGCCGUUCCCGGUGGAUAUGUUGGAUGUGGUGCGGGCGGAUUUCGCCGGCGACAAUGUCGGCUGUUGGAUGCAAAUCCAGGUGGGCAAGGGUCCGUGGGCAUCCGAGGUAUCGGGUCUGGUGAAGAUUGGCCAAACGAUGACCAUGGUGCUGGCCAUCAAGGACGAUGACUCCAAGUUCGAUAUGCUGGUGCGCAAUUGUGUGGCCCACGACGGCAAACGGGCGCCCAUCCAGUUGGUGGACCAACGGGGCUGUGUCACCCGGCCCAAGCUGAUGUCCCGCUUCACCAAGAUCAAGAAUUUCGGGGCCUCCGCGUCGGUGCUGUCGUACGCCCACUUCCAGGCCUUCAAGUUCCCCGAUUCGAUGGAGGUGCACUUCCAGUGCACCAUCCAGAUCUGUCGCUACCACUGUCCGGAGCAAUGCUCGUCGGAGACGAACCUGCAGGAUGUGCAUCAUCUGCAGGUGGGCCCCGAAUCGCAGUAUGGACCGCCGCCGCCGCAACUUCAUGUGGACGCGUACCAUGUGGCCAGUGCCAUUGGCAAGCGGCGGGAUGAGCGACGCGUCCAGCGACGGGCACGUGCGGUGGCCGCCGCCGAGCCGCAGGUUGGCCUCAAUCGGAUCAUCAAGGUGGUCUCCUCCGGUGAUCUGACCUUCGCCAUCGACGAGCAGGCAACGGGCAACGGGAGCAGCGCCAUCGGCUCCACAAUGGUCUUUCCGCUGCGCGAGGAGGGUCUCAUUUGCAUGACCACGCCCGGCUUUGCCAUUACGCUCAUCGUGCUGUUGGGCAUACUGGUCACCUCCUGCCUCACCUCAGCCAUCCUCUACGUUCGCCUGCGUCCGUUCGCCUCGUUUGCAGCCGCCGCCAGCGCCAAGGAGCGGGCCGUCGCCUUCACGAAUCCCCAGCUGGCACCGCUUCCAGUCAUCCAGCUGCCCUCGCCGGCGGACUUGCAGGGCACGCUCUCCAAGAAGCGGGCGAUGUCGUGAGCACGCCCCCGACUGUGCGACUGCACCAUCCGGUUCCGCGGACGGUGGCCAGAUACCGGUGGCCAGGCACUGGCACUACUGCUAGCUGGGAUCAGCUCCUUGAGGUUUGGGUUUCGGUUUUCGGUCAGUUUUCCAUUUUGGGGCACGGGCACAAAGCAAGUAACAGGUUUAGUUAUAUCCAAGCUAAAGAUUCGCUUUAAACUUAAAACAAAGCAACUUUCACAUCAAGCUCAAAUCGAUUUGAUUAAAUAAUAACUAUAAAAUGAAAUACAUGUUUAAUAUUAGCUUUAAAGAAUUUCAAAACUGAACAUCAAAUCAAAUUUCGAAUCGAAAUAAAAUCGAUUAAGUUAAAUAUUAACAAUUGGUUCACAAAAUAUCUAUUUAAAAUCUGUAUAUUAUUCAGGAUUUUAAAAUUAUAAACAAAGCAACUCUUAGAUCAAUUUCAGAUAUAAAAAAAUCUUCUUCAUAAUAAAUAUUAAUUAAAUCGAAUUUUGAGUAUAAUUUAAAAUUUAACAUAUUUAAAAUGAAAUCAUAUUUUGAAACAAGUAAAAAUCGAUUUUUUAUAUAACAAAAAUUGCUAUUAAAAUCAUGUUUAAUAUCAUAUAAUUUUCAAAAUGAUUUUAAAUAUUUUGAGAGUGACCUGAAAUAAGUCCAAAACAGUGAAUAGUUCUUUUUUUUUAAUUUUGGUUCGUUAAAUCUUUUAUGAAAGAUUUUUUAAAAUCAAAAAUUCUGAUAGGUUUAACAAUUUUUAGUGUUAACAUUGCUCUGUGCCAGGUGUGUUCAUAGAAAACCCUAACAACGCUUUCAAUUUUCAAGAAGAUAGCUGCUAAAGAAUUUUUUUUUACCAACAUGUUAUUAGAAAAGAUUUUUGAAGACUAGUUUCUGCUGAGAAAAUUUUAAUUCAAAAUAAAUGCUUUGUGCUUUUGAGUAUUUCGAUACUUAUCGAGACUGUUAAUCAAAGAUUUGCCAACUGCAAUCACUAGCUCCAGACACUGAUUCCCAAAAGUAACUAUCAUUAGUGCCAUUACUAGCUGCCUCAUUUCGUCUGCGCUUCCGUUUCCGGUUCUAGGUACAGUUGUGUCUGCGUCUGCGGCUCUUAAAUUUGUAGCGUACACUUCGUUAGAAUAAUUUUUGAUACAAAUCAUUUAACAUUAACUCAAGCCGUUAACUGGGUUUUCCUCUUCCUCUUCCUCUUCGUCUUCCUUUUCCUUUUUCUGUUCCUCUUCCCUUUCCUUUUCCGUUUUUCCAACCUCGAUAUCCUCGAAUCCUUUUUAAGGUCCUCUCUUUCCUAUCUUUCCUAUUUUCCACUCCUUUCUCUCCGUGGUGGCAGUCGAUAAUCGAUUAUUUUUGUUUUAGUUUAAGCCUAGGUUCUAUUUCAUGUAAAACGGUGCUAAGCCAUGAUCAGCCCAUCAUAUCCAUCUGACCAUCACUUGUAGCUUUCUUCAGCAUUCGAGCCGAUAUAUUCUAUUACUUAGAGUAUUUCUCGUAAGAAUCUCUUAAGACUUUGUAGACACGAAUACACACACAAGCACACACACUCACAAAAUAGACACACAUAAAACAUAUAAACACACACAUAACACAUGCAUAACAAAUAUACACUUGAAUUAGUCACUAAAUAUUUUAAGCGCUGUAAGCCGUAGACUAAGCCGAAUACUUUUGCGUCCCACUGUCAGCCAUUCCCCCAAAUCCCUGAUUCUACUUAUAUCAGUUAGUACGCCUAGUAGUCCACUUAUUUAUUUGCAUAAUGAUUUAUACAUAUCGCAUACAUACCCACAUAUAUACCGCCUUAUAUAUACAUAUCUUCCAUUUUUUUUGUCUACUUUUAUAAGCCGAGCAAAGCGAGUGAGAAGAGAAAGUGUUCAAUAAAUUGUUUAGAAUCCC